UGACCCGGGGCGGUCCAGCGUACAGGACUGUGCCCGGGGCUCGGGUGCGCGUGAGAGGAGACCGGGCGCGCGCGAGCGGGGGCGCGCGGGGAGAAAGACACUGGGAGGCGGCGGCCGAGGGGCGGGGAAGUGCCGAACGGCCCCGCGCCUGGCUGGGAUGCGUGCAGGCGGCAGCCGCGUCGGCUUAGGAGUCCCGCUGACUGGGGAACCGAACAGCGUGGACUGGGAGAAGACGGCAGACACCAGCAAGAAGAAGCAAAUUUUUUCCAUUGGAAAACCUCUGUAAUGGAUUUGAAAUAAACUUGAGGAGGGGUUGUGGACGCGCCAAGCCCGUAUGGAGCCCCAGAGCUGACCACACGCGCCAGCCCGUCGGGGGCCCAUGCGCAGCCCGCCAAAGCCCAUCUCCUCCACCAGGUAGCCCAGCUAGCUUUCCUGCUCUAGAGGAUCAGACGGAGCCGAACCAGUUGGCUGGCCGCGCAUCCCUUUUUCCCUGCCCCGGCCGGGUCUGGAGAAUGCCUGGGGCCCCUGCAGCCGUCUAAGUAACCGAGGAGUGAAGGAGGGCAAAGUCCCGGGCGGGAUGGUGCAACAGAAGAGAGGUCGCGUUGGCGAAGCCAAGCGGGAAGGCUGCCAGCCGCCGGCUGCGGGCGAGAGGGCGCGGCUCCGCCGGGAGACCCCUGGUGAGCCGGGAUGGUGCAAGACCCCCAGCGGCCACAUCAAGCGGCCCAUGAACGCUUUCAUGGUAUGGUCGCAACACGAGAGACGGAAGAUCAUGGACCAGUGGCCUGAUAUGCACAACGCCGAGAUCUCCAAGAGAUUGGGCCGCCGCUGGCAGCUGCUGCAGGACUCCGAGAAGAUCCCGUUCGUACGCGAGGCUGAGCGGCUGCGUCUCAAGCACAUGGCUGACUACCCGGACUACAAGUACCGGCCCCGUAAGAAGGGCAAGGGGGCGCCCAGUAAGGCGCGGCCCCGCCUCCCCAGCAAGACUAAGCCGGCGCUGUUGGGCCGCGGGGGUGGGGGGCGCAGGAAGACAGCCGGGGAGUCUGGGGAGCAGCGCGGGGGAGGCCCCACUCUAGGGGAGGAGGUGGAAGCCGAGGACGAAGAAGAGGAGGAGGAGGAGGAACUAUUGGAAGUGCGGCUGGUGGAGACUCCCGGGCGCGAGCUGUGGCGGAUGGUCCCAGCGGGGCGGGCUGGGGGGAGACCAGGGGAGCGGGCAGGGGGGCCGCGCCCGGAGCCGCAAUCGGAAGAAGCUGGGGGUACCCCCGAGACUUCGAGAUCCUCGCAGCGCGGAGUGACCGCCACCUCGCCGCUUGGCUCCCCUGCGCCCUCCUCCCUGGUUCCUUCAGACGAAGAGCGCGAGGAAGAAGAAGAGGGGAGAGAGGAGGAAGAGGAGGAGGAGGAAGAGGAGGAAGAGCCGGAGAAGGAACCUCUUGGGUUCCUGCCCCGGCAACUCCCAGGCACCAUAGGCCCUGGCCUAGACUGCACCGCCCUCGAUAAGGACCCGGACCAGUUCCCUCCUGCAGGGACCUCGCACUUCGAGUUCCCGGACUACUGCACCCCCGAGGUGACCGAGAUGAUCGCUGGAGACUGGCUCAUGUCCAGCAUCGCGGACUUGGUCUUCACCUACUGAGCCAGGCACUCACUAGGUGACUCGGACUCCACAAAUCAGGUCGCACUCAAAAACCAGCUGUUUACAUACAGGAAUCAGGUAUUUUUGGCCUUCAGCCCCAUCAAAGGCAAAGGCUUCCGCUGUCACCCCAUCCCCGAAUCAAACGCCCUCAGCCAUGCCUCCACACUCAGCCUACCCUACAACCCAUCCCCUAUGGACACACCCCACUUUCCAUGACUUGCACCCAGACACGCCCCUCUCUCCAUCUUUCUAGACACACCCCUCUCUCCAUACUCCUAGACACACCCCUCUCUCCAUCCCUUAAACACAGAAACACAUGGGUCUUUGCUCCUUCAAUCCCCUACACACUGGCAUGCUCCUUUCUCCAUCCCAUAUACACACCCCUUUCUUUGUGGUGGAAGCAUGGGGUAGUGGAGCUGGAUAGGAGAUGAAAGAAUCCUCUUCGAGUUCCAGCUCUGACCCUAACCAGCUGUGUGACCUUGGGCAGGUGAUUUGACCUCUCUGCCUAAAUUUCCUUAUCUGUAAAAUGAAGUGGUUGGAAUAGAUGACCCCUAAGAUCCCUUCCAGCUCUAGAAAUCUAUGAAACUUCCCCUUAUAUGGACGCAGACAACCCUCUCUCCAUUCCUUACAGAGACACUUUUCUCUCCAUCCCUUAGGGAGGCAGCUCGUUACUGCCCUGGAUUAGGAGUCAGAGGAUCUGUGUUCAAAUUCCAGAUUAAAAUAACUACCUGUGUGACUUUGGGCAAAUCCCUUCACCUUUUGGGGCCUCAGUUUCCUCAUCUGUAAAAUGAGGGGGUUGGACUACAUGGCCUUUUAAGGUCUCUUCUAGCUCUAUAUCUAUGAUCUUAUGAAUCUCUCCAUCUCUUCCACAAACAAAUCUCUCUUUCCACCCCUUAUACACAUAUCUUAUUUUCCCCCUUCUUUCCCUAUAUGCCCUACAUUCCAUUCCUUGGGCAGAACCCCCUUUUUCUAUGUCCUACAUAUGCAGGCACACACAUCUCAUCUACUCCUCCCUCUUCUCCAAAAGGGAGGUCUCACCAGAAUACACAAGCCCACCUCCCUCAAAAUUUCCCUGGCUGGGAUGUGUUCCACUCAUCACACCAUCCUGGCUCAGGGUUGUGAGAGAGACUGCUCUAAUGAUUCUCUCUGAAGCCUAGCUCUUCCUUACCCAGAUCCAUGACCCCUAUUCCUGUGCUCGGUUACUCCAUAGUUUCCCCCUCCCCUCUUCCCUUUUACUCCCUUCUGCCCCCCCACCUGCAAGUCUCCCUCCAGACCUCCCUCUCUCAGUGAUGAAGAGCUGAAGUUGUGACCUUGCUUCCUCCUUCACGUCCUGGACUUGCUACCUUUGAGGAAAACCUGGGGUGCUUGUCCAGUUACCAACCCCACCAGGGCAAUCCACUCUGGACAAAGAUAGAGGCAGAGGACAUUCUAUUUUAGCCUGCAACCACCUUAUCAACUCUAGGUGACCUCAAAGCUCUGCCUUUUAAGAGAAACAUUGAUGGAAUGGUGAAUUCCCUGGUUCUAAAGAGGAUUAUUUAAUUCUUUUGUUGUCUGAGGAUACCUUACUGACACCCCUGAGAAAUGAUAACCCCUUUCCUUCUUCCUUUUCAUUUGCCCUGUUGACUGCCCUUUUCCAGGUGCCCCUAGCCCCAGUCCUCAUCUGUAAAAUGAUAGGGUGGGAUUAGGUGACCUUGAAAAGCCCUAGCUGCUCAUCUCUUAGCAGGGUAAGUGCUGCCCAGAGCUCCAUCUGUGGGCUUCACCUAAAGAUGACUUGGUUCAUCAAGUUCCCCAAAAUAACCCAGUCCAGGCUGAGACCUUUUGACCUCAGCAAAUAUCCUAUCCCCACUUAGAGUGACCAGAUCUUCUUUACUAGUGGGACUGGUAGCACCAUCAAAAAUCUAUUCCAAGAUACAAGCUACAAGCCCCUUGAGGGGAAUCAUACAUGGAGCUGCUGGAUGGGGGAAGGGGGGCAGAGGACAGCAGACCUUCCCUCCCUUUAAAAGCCUACUCUGAGAGCCAUCUGAAAGUAAAACAGAGCAGAGAGCAGGAGAGGCUAUUUAAAGCACUCAACAAUAUAUAUCCUUUCUACACAGCCUGCUGGGGCCCCUGGGAAAGACCCCCAGUAAAGUGAAUACUUCCUGAGUACUCACAUCUCCUCAAGAGGGGAGACAGCAAAUGUCCAGAUGGGGAACCUCUGAAGAGUAAGCCAUGCAGAUUCUCCCUGUGCUUGGCCAUGGAGUUUGGGGCCCUGCCAAUUUCUCCCUGCUCGGGAUUGGAUCCCAUGGUCAGGCCCUAUUACUCUUGACUAUCUUUCAACCCUCUUUCAACCUCUCCCCCUUGACCCUUACCCAGUUCUCAGUGCCAAAUGCUUUGAUCAGUGUUAUCAUUCAGCUGGGGAAAGAGGUGGAGAGAGCUUGGAGUCAGUGACCAAUUCAGCAGUCAUUCAGCAAGCUCCCUGAGGCAUGCUCAGCCUCCAGAGUGGUUCCCAGGACUAAGAGGGGUCAUCUGCAGGCCAGUGUUUAAGCUUUGACUUGAAGGGUCCAGAGGGAUGUGACAGGAAUGGUCAGAGCAUUAAUUCAGAGUGAGUAACCUAGUACAAGAAGCCCUAGUUUUUGUCUUAUACUGACCCUCUGUGCCUCAGUUUGCCCAUUUUUGAAGUGGGGACAGGUGCCUUUUCCCAUGCAUUUGGAUUAUCUGGGUUAUGAAAUGCAGGGUCUGAGGGCUAUUCCUAGCUUAUGGCUUCCGUGGGCUAAAAAGAAAUGCUGGCCAGGUCCUUCAAGGCCUGGAUGACAACCAUAUUUCUUCCUGUCAGAGGGUGUCUGUCCUCUCUGUUGGACAGCCUCCCCCAACCUGUGCUGUGCUCCCUUCCUUCCUCUUUCCUCUGGCCUCCUACUGUUUGCCUCUCUCAGCUACCUGGCAUUUCACAGCCUCACCUGUCCCCCUCGUUCACUGCCCUUCCUCAUUCCCAACUUGCCCAUCUCCCAUCCCUACCUAGAUUCUGUUGACAUGGUAUGCCCCACUCUGUCAUAGGUUCAAAUACCCACAUACACAGAUCUCUCAGGAACAAAUGGGGACCCUUGGUCCCUCCACACCUCCUUCUGUGCCGUUCCCCACACAGGCCAGCAUCUCUACAGGGAUAUCCUAUCCCAACCCACCUACCAGCUACCCCUGUAUGUGGUGCUCCAAUUCCAGGCCUCCUUUCUAUCGCUUUCUUUUGCAUUUCCUUUCUUUUUUUUAAAAACGUUGUAUGAGUGAAGAGGUAUCACUGUGUGUUGUCUUGGAGAACUAGUCUCAUAGCCGAGAGGAGGAGGGGGACAGCCCCCUCUCUGUGUGGAAGGGGCUGGAAGCCCUGGACUCUAGUAUUGCUGCCCAAUACCAGGACUGAAUAAAGUAUAUGUGCCCAGAA